AUGUAUUUGGAACCAUCUGUGGUUGAAAGAAUUGUAUUGAGGGUUGAUUUGAAAACUCUAAAGUACGAGAAUCUCUUUGAAGAGGAAUUGGAGCUAGUUUAUCACAGAAACAAUGAGGUUUUUGAAGAAAAAGUAUUGACACUCGAUAGCAAGUUACUCUUAGAAUAA